GGCGGACGCCAGAGGCAUCUCCGCGGAAGACUAGCGCCGGGGAGCAGGGCGCGGGCGGCCGGGGGGAGGCGCGGCGCCUCUCCGCCUUCCGCUCGUCCUCGCAGCGCCCUCACCCGCUUCCAAGCCCCGCACGGACUUCGGUGUCUCCGCCUCCAUCCCCUCCACGAGAAAAGGAGAUUGACAAAUACCGACCUUUAGGUGCCGGCGACUGUUCUGCGGGUUCGUUCCGGGGCCGGAAAAGAAUGGUAACAUGAGCUGCGGAGGGCGAGAGCGUCGCCGCGGGAAGGGACGAGCCUGAGGGGCAGAGCGCUCACUCUUCAGAGGACCGCGCUCUGAGGAGGGCGCUUCCACUUCCUGGCUGGACGCCGCUGACAUCUGUAGCCUUCGGAUUCCCGCCGGGUUCCCGGGCUCCGAGGCGCUGCCUGCAGAGGAGCGUGCGGACAGUUCCUGGCCCUCCCUCCGAACCGGAGUUGUGCCCGGACUCCUAGUCCCUUGGUUCCGGGGGAGCCCGGUCGCCGGCACGCUGGCUCCGGAGGGAGUGGAACUCGAGUUCAGAUGGCCAACUCCCUCUGAAUCGUGCAGAUUGGUGCUGAGCACGCAACAAAAGUUUGUAGCUUCUCAGUUUCUGGUGCCUCGCAGGGGAGAGGAAAGGAAUUUGACGUUAAACUCAAGGAGCAGUCAGGGAGCCAUCUCCUUUAACUUUUCUUCUCUGUUACCAUUUGCAAUGAAGAGAAAACAGAAGAGAUUUCUGCAGAUGACUUUGUUAUUCACGGUGGCUUUAAUUUUCCUGCCUAACAUUGGUCUCUGGUCUCUGUACAAGGAUAAGCACCUGGUGAAGUCGGCGGAGCCUGGGGAGCAGCAGACAUUUCCACUGGGCCUGGGAGAUGGGCAAUUCUAUUCAUGGACAGAUGGUUUGAGAAGAAAGGACUGGCAUGACUAUGAAAGCAUUCAGAAAGAGGCUAUGCGCUCAGGGAAAGGUGAACAUGGGAAACCUUACCCCCUUACCGAAGAGGACCAUGAUGACUCAGCUUACAGGGAAAAUGGUUUCAAUAUUUUUGUCAGCAACAAUAUUGCUCUAGAGAGGUCUCUGCCAGAUAUUCGUCAUGCUAACUGUAAGCACAAGAUGUAUCUGGAAAGGCUGCCAAACACCAGCAUCAUUAUCCCAUUUCAUAAUGAAGGUUGGACUUCACUCCUGAGGACCAUACACAGUAUAAUUAACCGCACCCCGGAGAGUCUGAUAGCAGAAAUCAUUCUAGUAGAUGACUUCAGUGAGAGAGAACACUUGAAGGAUAAGUUGGAAGAAUACAUGGCCCGAUUUUCCAAAGUGAGGAUUGUUCGCACCAAGAAAAGAGAAGGACUCAUCCGGACCCGACUCUUGGGAGCAUCUAUGGCCAGAGGAGAAGUCCUGACGUUCCUGGACUCCCACUGCGAGGUCAAUGUGAACUGGCUGCCCCCGCUCCUCAACCAAAUUGCACUAAACCACAAAACCAUCGUGUGUCCCAUGAUCGAUGUCAUUGACCACAAUCACUUUGGGUAUGAGGCACAAGCUGGGGAUGCCAUGCGAGGAGCCUUCGACUGGGAAAUGUACUACAAGAGAAUCCCCAUCCCUCCAGAGCUCCAGAGGGCAGAUCCCAGCGACCCUUUUGAGUCUCCUGUUAUGGCUGGAGGUCUCUUUGCUGUGGAUCGGAAAUGGUUUUGGGAAUUGGGUGGCUAUGAUCCAGGUUUAGAAAUCUGGGGAGGAGAACAGUAUGAAAUCUCUUUUAAGGUUUGGAUGUGUGGAGGAGAAAUGUUUGAUGUUCCAUGUUCUAGAGUUGGUCAUAUCUACAGGAAGUAUGUUCCAUACAAAGUUCCAUCUGGCACCAGCCUGGCAAGAAACCUGAAGCGGGUAGCUGAGACCUGGAUGGAUGAAUUUGCCGAGUACAUUUAUCAGCGGCGGCCAGAGUACAGGCAUCUCUCCACGGGGGACAUCUCUGCCCAAAAGGAGUUGCGCAAGCAGCUAAAGUGCAAGGACUUCAAAUGGUUCAUGGCUGCAGUGGCCUGGGACGUGCCUAAAUACUACCCUCCAGUGGAGCCCCCGCCUGCUGCCUGGGGGGAGAUCCGAAACAUAGCAGCAAAUCUCUGUGUGGACAGCAAGCAUGGAGCCACCGGAACAGAGCUGAGGCUGGACAUCUGUGUCAAGGAUGGUUCUGAACGAACAUGGUCUCAUGAACAGCUCUUUACCUUUGGAUGGAGGGAAGAUAUUCGACCUGGUGAGCCACUGCAUACCCGGAAAUUCUGCUUCGAUGCCAUCUCACACAACAGCCCAGUCACACUCUAUGACUGUCAUGGCAUGAAGGGCAACCAGCUCUGGGGAUACCGGAAGGACAGAACAUUAUUCCAUUCUGUGAGCAACAGCUGCAUGGAUUGCAACCCCGCAGAGAAGAAGAUUUUCAUGGCCAGAUGUGACCCUCUCUCUGAGACUCAGCAGUGGAUUUUUGAACACAUUAAUAUGACUGUUUUAGAAAAAUUUAACCACCAUGCCAGCUCCUAGAAAGAAAGAAGGAAGAAAGAGUGAUUACCUACAGAUUAUAAAUGAAAUUUUAGCCAGCAUCUGGGUCAAAGGAGUCAGGAAUAACAUUUCCUCGAUCCAGGAAGGCUGGUUUAAAAAUCUGUAAAUGCCAUGUUAAAGUAGGUUGUUUUGAAGAACUUCCUGCAUCUGAAGAACUUGGCUGAGAAUCUCACCAGCUGCUUCUGAGAGCUCGAGACUAGCAGUUCCCUUGCUGGCCAAGGGCAAAGAUUAUUUAGGGACUUUUCAAAACAACUGCUGAGCUAAUAAAUCCUAGCAUUUCUCAGGUCAAAUCCUGCAGUAGUGAGUAGCUAUGAAUGGAUCCUAUUAAAUGGGUGGGAGGGGGGUGAAAAUGGAGUGCAUGACUGCUCUGACAACCUGAGGGUAUCACAGGUUUAGAACUAGCCACGCUUAAGGGGUGAGCUGUACUCUUUGGUGCCAUUCUCUGACUAAGAAUGGGUUAAGCAGGUUUAACCCUUAAAAGUGCUGCAGAUGAUUUCAGAGUGCUCAUACCAUUCUGGUUUCUUUUGCUUUAUUUUUAAAUGAGGGUGCAAUAUCUAAUGUAAGACUCAAACUACAUAAUGAAAUGGACAUCCAGUGAUCACAUUCUUUCAUUUAUAUUUGCUGUUUUCCUUUCAGAGCAAAGGUUUCUUAUUGUUCGUGAAAAUUCAUGCUCCAUGAAUCCACUGAAUUUCUAAUUCAAUGCCCUUCUAUGAAUCCAGUUAAAAACAACAAAAAAACUACUCUAUCAAGUUACUCCAAAGAAAGAUUUCACAGAAGCAGCAAAACCAUAUAAGAUUUAGGAGAGGGACUUCCCUGGGAAAUCUAUUUUUACUUUUCUAUUAUUUUUAAAAUCUUAAAAGUCUGAUAUUUGUCCGGUCAUAAUUUUUAUUAAGCAAGGAAAUGGAGUGAGGUUGAUGUAAUUUGUUUAGGAGAUUCCUCAACCCAAAUAAAUCUACACUCCAAGUGAUGUGUGAAAACGGCUUGGUUCACUUUAAUUCUGUUUAGUCAGUGGUGGGAGCUUAGAAGUGGUUUUGUUUGUUCGUUUAUUUAUUUGGGUUUUUAAAAUUGUUGUUCUUUUGUAGUGUUGAUAUGAAUGAUGUUCUUUUCUUUGGAAGCUCAUAAAAGGGAUUACCGUUAAUAAAGUGUUUCUGACACCAUUUUCUGUUAAUGGGACAAUAUUUCGGGGAUGAAGAAAGACAUGCUCUGAAAACUAAAUGGAACGUUUAAUCCUUAAAACAAUUUUUUACUGUUCAAUAAUGUCAGGUUGGGGGAAGAAUAUACAAGUACUAAGGUGGUCCUCAGGAAGAAAGAAUCAUUUUUAUUAUACGUCUCUCAAGUUUUUUUGGUAUAACAAUGUUUUGACUUUGCUUUUUUGUUUUAAGCUGGUAUUCCUGUUAAUAAAAAUUUAUAUAACA